AUGGAUUAUCGCUUUGGACACCCACGCGCUGCCGGCGCGUGGGCGGCGCGUGGGCACUGUAGCUGUGGGGCAUUUUUGUCCCAAUGUGAUCCUCUCGAUGUCACGAGCGCGAUUCGACGGAUUGUAAAACGGAGCCUCGGAUACUCCGGAAAUGCCAACCCUGGGGUUAGGGUUUUAGUAACCGUUCGAUCCUGCGAUCGUGAGCAAUCCGACCGUCCGAUCUGGACCAAACUUGCAGGACGUGCAUCCUAG